AUGAAGAACGUCGUCUCUCUUUCCUUGCUUGCCAUGGCCACCUUGGCGGUGGCCGACCAUGAUUCGCACAAGCCAAGCCAGGCGCCUCAGAGCUGGACCACCAGCACCGUCACCCUGACCUCGACCUCGACCUUCCUCGAGUGCCCAACCGCGACCCCGGACUGCCCCAUCAAGAAGCCCAGCACUACUACCGUCGUCGUCGUCACCACCACCGUGUGCCCCGUCGCCAGCACGACCUUGCCGCCCCCUCCGCCGCCGCCCAAGACCACAGCGUCUCCUCCUCCUCCUCCUCCCCCGCCCUCCUCGCAGCCGCCCAAGACGACCGGAGCUCCCCUUCCUGCUCCUCCUUCGCCUUCUCCCCCGUCGGCACCUCCCGCAUCCAGCGGCUACCCUCCCAAAACCACCUUGGUCCCGCAGCCGCAGCCGCCCGCCCCCUCGACCACGACUUCUGCGCCGCCCAUCGUCACCGCUGCCGCCAACGCUCAGCGUGCCGGUGGCGUGCUGGCCGUCGUUGCUCUGGCCGCCGCCAUGCUCUAA